AUGCCACGCCCAUUGAGUUCAAAACAAAAACACACGUGCGUAGAUCGCUGGAGAGCGUUUCUCUUGUGCUCUUUCUUGUUUGUGAGAGAUAAUCUGUCAUAAAGGGCAGAAAAACUGUCGCAAAAGUUUCAUUUGGAAUGUUUUGACAAAUUUUCUGUUUCGCUUCGCUUUCGCUGGCCUUCGACUUGAGCACAACAACAUGAAGCACCACGAAGUGGAGUUCACAUGGCAGCAGGCACAAAGCUUGAAUCCCAGUAGCAACGGGCACGGCAUUCUGGUCGCACACCUUCUCAGGGCUUCGGUUUGAGUUGAGUAGCGAACCACAGACCAAAUAAAAUGGCCCUACGCGAUCUGACCGACAUCUUCAAGCAGGAUGACUUGAUUCGCCACCUAGGAAAAAAGAAGAUUAUCACUGCCAGGGAUUUCCUUUUGGCCGAACCUUCUAGACUUGCUCCGCUCACAUACCAGGAGGCGAAGGCUCUCAAACUCAGGGUAGCCAGGGCGUGUGCACCGUUUGCCCAAAGUGGCCUGCAAACGUACAAAGAAUUCGUGACCAACUCUGCUGUUGUUCCCAGCGGCGUGCCUCAGGUGGACUUGAUUUUAUCUGGAGGGCUUAGCACAGGACAAAUUUUAGAGAUCUUUGGAUUCAGCGGAACGGGGAAGAGUGAAUUUUGCCACCGUCUCUCAGUGAACGUCUCGUUGAACCUGAGGAAACCCGUGUUGUACCUGCAUACCAAAGGGGACUUUGAUGCGCAAGCCAUUCUGAGAAUCAUGCGAGGCUCAGCACCAGUGCCACCAAGCUCUCAAGCCAUGGAAGAUGCAGCCAAAAAGAUCCAAGUGGCCCACAUCCGUAGCAUGGAGCACCUGCUUGUCGCCCUGCCAAACCUCCUGAUAAGGACAAACCCUCGAGUUGUGAUUGUCGACUCAAUGGCCGCCCUGGUGCAUCCCCUUCUCGGCGCUCAAAUGGUCACCUUGGCCAAACUGCAGACCGUUGCCAACGGGCUGAAGAGGGCGGCUGCAGACAGCCAAUUCGCCCUUCUGCUGGUGAAUCACCGCACGGAGGCGGCAGUGGACGCCACUGAGGAUGAGCUUGAGCCAAGGGCCGCCAUGGGUACUGCCUGGCAGUCGGUGCCCCAGACUAGACUCUUGUUCGCCAAAGAAGAAGACAGCUAUUCUGUCAGUUUGGUCAAGGAUGCUUACUUGCCAAAGAAGACCACAGUUGUCAAAUAUUGAGUGAAAAGUGAUUACCAUACUGCUUCCAAGGCAUUUCUUUCAGAGAAAAUUAAAAGACUGCAUGAGUAUGGAAACCUCAACUUGCCGAGCAACGCAUCUAGACCCACAGUCCGAUGUCAAUAUUGCUUUAAUUUCUGGAAUGAGCAGCUCUACAAAGUCAGGAUCAAGGCCAAGCACAGACAUUCGACGGCAUCGUUGAAAGUUCUUAGGAGGUACAAUGAAAACCCAAACCAGCUGAGGCCAAUCGAGAAGAACCUUGUCAAGAAGUUGCAGAAAACAACAAACAACAUGGUUUUGACUUGCUCAGUGUGUCAUAAGACCACCUCAUUUGAACUGCCUAGGGCUGCUCCCAAAGUGCCUGUAGUGCAAGAGCCUGAGUCGGUCAAGAAAAAGAAGAAGAAGAAAAAGAAGGACAAGCUGUGUGGCCUGAGUAUGUCUAUUUCAGGAACUGGAUCGGACUUGCUAUGCAGAACUCCACUUUCCUCAGCUGCUUCUUCGCCACUCACUAUGUCACCGUGUCCUUCUCCAACACCUGUGAAAACACCAAAAAUUCUGAUUGCUUCCACCCCCAAAGGCAAGUUCCAUCCCGCCUCUACUCCAAACAAUUCUAAAAAUAAGAGUCCUUCAGUAUUGCCUUUGAAAUCUAAAAAUAAAAAAGGCAAGCCGGAGAAAAAAUCAAACAAAAAUCUGCUAAAGCAAAAACUGAACAGAGAUGUAAAAAAUAGCCUCAGGGACUUCUUGACUUCAAUUCCAUGAACUGUAGCUCAAGUUCAAUAAAUAUAAAUCGCGUUAUUUUUAACAGAA